UUAUUUGCAUGUUAUUUUUUUAUGUUUAUUGUUAACAAUGUUACUAUUAUCUACAAUUUUUCCUGUAGGUUGUGGAUAAAACAUGGUAAUUUGAAUAGUUUAGAUUUUUGGAAAUCAUUGUCCCCUGACCCCCACUUUAGGAACCACUGCUUUACAAUAUAGUAUAUCUGUUUCAGACUCUUGAUUUCAAGUGAAUAUUCUCUCCAUCAGUGACAUUACAGAAAGAGGAAACCCAGGGGGAAAUCACCAUAAUUAGUGUCAUAAGCUUGUGUUUAGGAAUACAGUACCAAUAGAAAACUAUGACUAUAAUAGCAAACUAAAAUUUAAGGUGAACUCAAUGACUCAUUUAUGCCUAUUGUAAUGAAUAUGGGGCACAUAUUAAUGCAGCUGAAUAUAAUUGUGUUUCUGAAUUUACAUGGAAGACAGAAUCUAACUCGGUUUCACUUCCUCCUUCAGUAAAGCAUAAAAGUGAGGAUCGAUAGCACAAGUUUCACUGCAAGCACUGAGAGAGAGAAAACCAGACCCCGAAACACCUCUGAUCAACAUCCAGAGACUCUUCUGUAGGAAAACGAUGCUGUGUGAAGGAAAGCUCUGGAGUCUGGCUUUUGAAGCUGAAGCCGAGUGUGUAAAUCCUCCUUCAUGCACCACAGUCACAGAGCCUUCCUCAACUUCACCAAAUAAUCCCCUCUCAGCUCAAAUCCCCGUCCACUCAGCUCCAGAGGUCCAUGCUAAUAUAACCCAGAUGAAAACCCAGAGCUACCCUCACCCUUCCUCUAUGGCAGGACAUGGUGUGGAUAUCCCCAGGCAUGUGGACACCCCAGAAACAGAAGCAUUUUUGGUGCCUUCGAGCUGCCACAGCAUUUGCCAGCAUUACAGCGAUUUACACAUAGCAGGCGGUCAGGUGUUGCCGCUCAGUCCCCAUUCAGGAGACAUACAGGGCCAUCACAGCCAGGAUCCCCAGCCUGGACCCUUUCUUGUGUCUGGAGAUGUUCCCUCACCCUCCCUCUUACCUCCUCUGGUCCACGAGUACAGGAGCUCGAGGCGAUGGAAGGAAGAAAGCGGGCGUGAGCGUCCCUCUCUCCUGCAGUUUAGCCGGCCGCUCUCCAACUCUCAACUUAACGGCUAUCUUGAGCAGAAGCUUCUAGAGCUGUACAGACAGUACCUGACUGAGGGACCGGCUGUUAGCAGGCCCGUCAUGGCCUCUGAGCUUCUGCAGACCAGCCUGGACCAGAUGACCCUCCAGCUAAGCCGAGAGCAGAACAUGGAGACGGCAAGAGCAAAAGACAUGCUGCUCAGCUGCCUGCUCAGAGUCACCAGCACAUACCAGUCCAGCGAGAUCAGCACUCCUCUACUGCAGAUCUCCACUGAGACGCAAUGAGCUAGACAGAUAAAAGGAGAAGACUGACUGUGAGACAGUGGCAUUUGAUUAGUGAUUCUGCAAAUGAUCGUUUUGAAAAUAAAUGAUAUUAUAAAUAUCAUAUACAAAAAUACAUCUAAAAAUAAAAACCUUUGUGGCUUAAA